GCGAAGGUGUUGAUCUUGCUGGAGAUCAAGGAUGGACUGAGCCAGAGUCUGAGGCUCAUGUGAGCUCGGUGAUGCGGCAACUCAACGAGAUCGUUGACGAGGUUCGACGGGAUUGGAUUCCGCCGGCCCAGGAUGAGUUUGUUAUGACCCGAGAGGCAAGUGUCAAAGUUCGGAUGGCCGAAUUGGAGCAUAGGAUCGCGAGUGAUCUCGGUGAGAUGCUGGGGAAGGAUCUGCCAGGAUCGGUGAACUUACUGAGAGGACCUCAGGUGAAUGGAGUGAGUAGCCUGAACAACGAUCAAAUGGCCAACUGGUGGCUCAUUGAUUCUGGUGCUUCGGUGACAGUGAUUGCCAAGAAGUUUCUCGAUGACUUCACGGUGAUGUCGAGGAUGCCUUUGUGCCCAAGCGAGAGGUAUUCAGCGGCAAAUGAACGGGAUUCGUAUAUUGGAAUGGUCCCUGUGAUGGUGACUGGAGUUGUAGCUGACGUUGGUCACAACAUCUUGAGCACUGAGCACAUGGUUGCUACCGGCUGGGAAGUGAAGUUUUCGAAGGCGGAGAUUUCGCUUCGUCGGGUGAAAGGAGGAUUGGUUGGAUAUGGACAGUCCUGGGCUGGAUGCCCAUGGAUUUAUCUGCAAGGUGCAGACACGUCAACCAAGAAAGUGACCUUUGGAAGGACACAUGUUAAGAUGGAUGUCGACCAAGAGGAUUCGUCAAGUCCCAUGGAAGUUGGGAACGUGUCGGCUAUGACGGUGAAGAUGAAAGAGGACAUGAAUCUGUUGGUGGAGUUGAAAGAGCAGUUCGGUUUGGUCUACUGUGCUGCCAUGCACAAUCAUCAUUCGGCUGCGUUUGAUGGAAAGAAGUCUCCUCAGGAGUUGGUUUUGCAGAGACCACUGGCGGAGUGUGCAUCCACGUUGAUCGGGAUGACGGUACUUGCGGAAUUACCGGAUAGUAUGAAGAAGACUUCUUUGUCGAGAUUCGUGGAAGCAGCUUACUUGUAUCCAGAAGUUGGUGGCUUGACCCAUGUGGUGAGUUCUAUGGUGAAUGGGACGCCACAUCACUAUCGGGCGAAGUCGAUAAAGCAUAUCACUCCUCUGAAGGUUGGAAUGGAGCAUUGUGGACAUUUGCUCAAGGCCUAUGAUCCUAGCGAUACAUUGGCACCUCCCAUCUUGAAAGAGUUGGAUGAUGGGAUACCUUCUGAAGUUGAGGGUGAAGUCGACAAAGCAUUUGAAGGAAAGGUGUCACAAGGACCUACCACAGACAUGAGUCAGGUAGGACCACCUGCGGCAUGGGUACGAGAGCAUGGAGGAACACCUGGAUGUCCAGCGUGUGGUGAGAAGCGUGGAAAAGCCAAUCACAAUGCUGCCUGCAAACGGAGGUAUGAUAAGUGGUUGAAGGACCAACGUGAGAGGUUGGUUGUUGAAGGGGAACAAAAGACGGUUGGAGGUGAACCUGGAUCUAGAUCAGGAUCGACCGCGGCUCCGAAGGUUUCUUCAGAAGCGAGAAGCUCUGAGGAUGCGGGGGUGCCUCUUGUCAGUGCACCUUCGUUGAAGCGUCCAAAGACCAGUCAUGAGACUACCGGCCUGGAAGGCGAAGAGCCCUCAGCGGCGUCCAAGCCAGAUGUGAUUGAUGUGGAGAUGUUUGAGGAUCCAAGUAUUCCUUAUGAAAACAUUCCAGAUGAGGAGAUGCCUCCGGGAUACUUUGAAGAUGAACAGCCUAUGGAGAUUGAUAAGGGAGUAGCUGAAGAGGCUGCGGCAAUGAACGUCGAGUCUGAAAGUUUUACCAGUGCUUUUGAGGAAGCAAGUGCGCCGAAGUUAGCCAAAGUGGUGAAUGCUGUUCUGAUUGAAAAGAACACUGUGUAUCCCGAGCAAGUACAGAUGUGUGGAUCGAAAGUUUGGUUGACCAAGAUGAAGAGUGCGUUGUCUGAGCUGGAUGGGAUCAUCCCUACACGAUGGGUACUUGGACCCAAGGUUGUGAACGGGAAAGAGGCAGUGCGUCUGAGUGCGACCACGCCGUCGUUGGAAGCUUUGCGAACUCUCUUGGCCAUUGCUGCCAAAGAUUCGAUGGAUAUUGCUACCCUGGAUGAAACGGGUCGCAUCACUCCGACUGGAGGAAGAAUUGUCUUCUUGGGAAGAGAGAUUGAGAGGAAUGGUGAGCAUCUACGGAUGAGAGUUCCACCGAAGUACAUGGAAAGUUUGUUUGAGACAGAUUUUUGCAAGGACCUGAAGGUGGUGAGUAGUCCUCCGGAUCUUGUGAAGAUCAUUGAGAAGGGUCGCGCUGAUCCUGAAAAGGAUAGCGUGUUGUCGGAGGCUGCUGCGAUGCGCUAUCGAGCGGUUCUUGGAAGGAUUGCUUGGUGGGGCCAGUCUCGUCCAGACUUGGCUCGUUGGAUGUCGAUUCUUUCCCAAGGUCAGUCGAAGCCUACGGCGUGUUUUGAGCAUGCUUUGAGGCAAGUGAUUCGUUUCUUGAAAGGCCAGUAUCUGUGUUGGUCUUACUUUGGUCCUGGGGGUGAGGUCCCAGACGGAGGAUCUGCCACGCUUGAUGUGUAUGCGGAUGCGAGUUGGGCACCGCAAGAAAGUGAAGGACUGGCAACGCUGAUUGGACAAUUGGCUGGGUCCAAAGUCGAGAUUAGGAUUUGCGGAAUUCGGUUCUCUCGCAGCGACUCUGGUUCAAGCGCCACGCAAGCUAGCACAUCUGUGGAAGUCGUACCUUUGUUGAAGGACGACAUGACGGAUUCAAAGGCGGAUACCCUGAAGGGAUCCGUGGAGGCACCAUACUGGUGCAAGCAAUGCAAAUGGCUGUUUAAGACAGACCAUUCCCAUGGACUGGGAUGGACGGAUGAGUACAAGCCCAGGUGUGAGAAGUGCCAGGGCGUGAUAAGUGUUUGGGGAUCCAAUGCCUCCCACGCCUUUCAUCUCCGAGAGGGAGAGAAAGAGAAGCGGUUUCCGAAAGGCGGCAAAGGGGAAGGCAAGUCCUCCCAGUGGGUGCAAGGCGAUGGUGGAAAAGGUGAUGGCACCAAUCUGGGUGAAAGCUCGAUGGCGAAAGCUACGCCAAAGCCUGAAGGGCCACCGAGUGUGGCAACUAUGUUUCCAGAGCUUAAUGGGAGUGAGGUGCCAGCAUGGUACACUGAGCUCUGGGGGAAGAUGGGCAUCCGAGGAGCCCCUCUUGAUCAGGUGGAUCUCCAACCUUUGGUGGAAUCCUUGCCGGCUGAGGAUCAGGAGUGGUAUAAGAAGAGCUUUGAGAAGCUCAGCCACCCGAACUUUGCUGUGUUUGAGCAUGGGGAUCCGAUGCCGGGCAAAGUGGUGACAGUCCUGGAUAUGAGAUCGCAGUAUGGUGGCAAGUCUGUCAUCUGGGAGACAACUGUGAAUGGAGGUUGCAUCUACGUUGAAAUGGGCCCGGGGUUGAGUGGUUUGGCAGUGCUCAUGUUUGUGCAGUACCUGAAGAGGAAGGGGUUCUUGGUGCUUAUCCUUUUGAGUGGGGAUCAGGACCCAGGGAUCUUGCGGAUGAUGGAUCUGCUUUACACACUUCCCAUCCUGGGAGUGGAGAGAUGCACAAAGGGUGAUCUGGAGACCACCUCCCAUCCUCCCUGGGUGUGCCGAUGGAAAGAGCAUGCUCAGAAUGGCAACGUGGUGUUCAAGGCUGUGCUUUCCAAGGUGUGUUGGAUGUCUGAUUUGACAUGCCAGACACUCAAGGCUUUCGACUCUAAGGUGAAGGACCUCGGGAAGCCGUUGCCUCUGUGGGCCUACUUUGCGUACACCAACAAUGAUGUGGUGCAGGAAAGUUUGAUUGUGGAAUGCGAUCACAUGGCUGUGAAGGUUCCCAAUGGGGUGCUUGAGAGCAUCCGUGAGCCUAUGAUCUGGCAGUGUGACUGCGCGUGGCAUAUGGCCACGGACUACACAAGCAGGUUCACUACGAACCUCCCGUGCAUCCUGUGGGAGCACAUCUGGAAGUUUUUGGGUGGGAACACUCAGAAGCUGAUGGAUGUUGAGCUCGGUUUGGAACAGGCUGUGUUAGCAGCCGUGGCUUUGCAUGACCUCGAGGUGGAAACUGAGAACAAGAGGAAGAGGCGUGCGGAGUUGGAUGCAGCUGAGGAGGAAGCGGCUAAGAAGGCCAGAACGGAGCAACCAGCUCCAAACUCACCUGCACCUCCGGUGCUUGAUGGAGCUAUGAUCGCGCAGAUCGCUGCAAUGGUAACAGCGAGUCUGAGUGUUGGUGACUUGGAGAAGCUGCUGGAUGAGAAGAGAAGGGCAUCUGCUUCUGGCAGUGCUCAGGGAUCUGAGCAUAGCGGUGCUCAGCAGGACCAGCAGAUGGGCCAACGGGUUGCUGAGUUGGAUCAGAUGAGGGAUGCGGCACAGGAGCGCCGAUCCCAGCUGGUUGAGAAAGCCUCUGAGAAGGCUGAUGAGGCGAAGGAUGCAGCUGAUCUGAAGUGA